AUGAUAAAAUCGAUUAUACUAUUGACAAAAUCUGUGAUAGUGAAAAUUAUUCGUAUACCCGUAAGAAUGACGAGUAUACACAGUGCGUAUGUUGAGGAAAUACAUGAUGUACCGAUGUCAGUCAUAAUACGACCAUUUAUACCGGAACUAGAUGAGAAGAAAGUUGAGUCACUUAUGGAAACUAUUCAGAAAGAAGAGGCCCAGGGUUUAGUUCCACCAAUAGAUGUGUUAUGGAUCGAGGGAAGUGAAGGCGGGAAUUAUUAUUAUAGUUUCGGCGGUUGUCACAGAUUCGCUGCCUAUAAACGACUUAGCCGUCCAACGAUACCAGCUAAGUUAAUAAGAUCCACAAUGAAUGAUCUACGCACGUAUUUGGGGAGCAGUACGCCGGAUCUUAAAUAA